GUCCCUGCCCGGCUCUUCCGGGUCGGGCGCUGCAGAGCCGCCUCUCGCCGCGGUUGCGGCACGGCAGCGCUGGGGCCCGGCCCCGGAGGACGGAGCGGCCAUGCCGGCGGCGGACGAGCGGAGCGCGGCGCGGCGGGAGGCCACGGGGCGGCGGCUGGCGCGGUUCGCGGCGCUCAGAGGGAAGGCCGCCCGGCCCGGCGAGUUCUGGGACGUCGUGGCGGUGACGGCCGCCGACGCGGAGCAGGCGCUGGCCUACCGGCAGCAGCUGGCGGAGAAGCUGAGCAGAAAGGAGCUGCCGCUGGGCGUGCGGUACCACGUUUUUGUGGAUCCACCUGGACCGAAAAUCGGAAAUGGUGGAUCAACACUUCACGUUCUUCAGUGCUUGGAAGAUCUGUAUGGUGACAAAUGGACUUCUUUUAUCGUGCUGCUAAUUCAUUCUGGUAGUCAGAACACUUCCGAAAGGGGCAUCAGUUUUGUGGACAGAAAGAAACCAGGUGGUUACAGUCAACGUUUACCAAAUGCAAGUGCACUGGGAAAGAUUUUCACAGCUUUGCCUUUUGGCGAUCCCGUUUACCAGAUGUUGGAACUGAAGCUCGCCAUGUACAUUGAUUUCCCCAGUCACAUGAAACCAGGAAUUCUCGUUACGUGUUCCGAUGACAUAGAACUCUACAGCACUGGAGGUACAGAAACCAUCGCAUUUGAUAAACCUGGGUUUACCGCGUUAGCUCACCCUUCAGAUUUGGCAGUUGGGACCACUCACGGAGUGUUUGUUUUAGAUCCGUCCAGUUUUUCAGGAAAAGGAGGACUUGAGUACACGUCUUGCCAUCAUUUCCUGCACAAGCCUGAUAUUGAGACGAUGCGCCAGUGUGGCGCAGUAUGCGUAAGAGGGAAUUGUUCUCAGCUAAGCUCCUCCGGAGACUGCAGUGACUCAGAAAUGGAGUGUGUGUAUACAGACAGUAUAUUUUACAUGGAUCAUAGCAUUGCAAAACAACUACUGACAUUUUAUAAGCAGAUGGGCACUCUUUGCUGUGAAAUAGAUGCAUAUGGUGACUUCCUCCAGGCCCUGGGACCCAGAGCCACUGAAGAUUACACAAAAAAUACGAGUAACGUCACAGAAGAGGAAUCGCGGUUAGUAGAAGUACGGCAGAAGCUAUACUCUCUUCUGAAAGGAACUAUGCUUCAUGUUAUAGUCUUGAACAACUCCAAGUUCUAUCACAUUGGAACUACUCAAGAGUAUUUGUUUCAUUUUACGUCUGAUAGCAACCUGAAAUUUGAGCUCGACUUACUGUCUGUGGCUUUUAGCAGCUUUUCCAACAAAGCCAAGACCUUGGGUCAAUCGGCAAGUGUCAUUCAAAGCAUCCUCGAGCCUGGAUGUUUUGUAGGACCUGGAUCCGUUAUUGAGUACUCUAGAAUUGGACCUGAAGUCUCAGUAGGGAAGAGCAGCAUUGUUAGCGGAGCAUACAUAAACUUGAAAGUAGACAUACCUUCAAACUGUUUCCUGAGUUCAUUAAGUAUAAAAAUUAACGAUCAAGUAAAAUACGUAAGUAUGGUGUUUAGUGUAGAAGACGACUUGAAAAAGAGCGUGAAACUGUUGUCAGAGAUACAUUCACUUCAGUUCUUCGGAGUCAGCUUACUAGAAUGCUUGGACCUCUGGGGAGUAAAGGUUUCCAGUCAGCUCUUCUCCAGUGAGGACGCCCGUUUGGGGUUGUGGACUGCCAGGAUUUUCCCUGUUUGUUCUACUUUAAGUGAGUCGGUUAGAAUGUCGUUAAAAAUGUUAAAUUCUGUGCAGCACAUGUCAGCUUUUAAACUAAAUGGCUUUAAGCUCUUGUCUGUUGAAGAAAUGCUCACCUACAAAGAUGUAGAAGACAUGUUGAAGUUUAGGAAGCAAAUUUAUGACGACAUCCAUCUGCAAAGACCAAAAGAGAAGUCUGAUUUGUAGAAGGAACAGUACUUGAACAAAUUUCUUGUUUUCAUGUGUGGAUGAUUGGUUACUUCCCAGCUUGUAAAAAUCACAAGAAAAAAGUACACAGAUCUUUUCUCUGAUUUCAUUGAAGUAGAAAUAAUGAAACUGCAUUAACAAUGUUGUUGUAGCAUAACAUUAAUAAUGCAGCAAAUGCACUUAAACUACUCUUUUGAUGAAAGUAGUAAUGAAAUAUUUCAGAUCUGUGAAAAUACUAAAUGGUGACUUUCCUUGGGGUGCAUAUUAUUAUGUUGUGGAGUCUUCGUCAGUAAGAAUAUGAUGCAGAACAAAUUAAUUAGUAAUUUGACUGAAAACUGCUUUAAAAGUUUUUCAGAGUAGAGCAUUAGCUCCAGCAACAUGGAAUGAUACAGCAAUAACUUAGUAUUUCUCUCUUUUCAUGCUGCCUUUUUACAGUAGUGUUUCAAAUAGGUAGAGAUAAAUUUAUUAAAAGUAUUUUUUAAACCAAGAAAUCCUGUCUUAAGCAUUAAUAAUUUUCUCUCUAUGUUUUUUUUAUUUUGUAAUUUUUUUAUACUUUCUUGUAUUUCAUCAGAGGAAAAAGAUUUGCACAAGAGAUCAUUCUUUCCCUUGUGACUAAUAAUAUUGAGGUCAAAACCCAGCAUCAAGACCUGCUGAUAGUUUGAGGGUUUUUUUAAUGUUAGUCAUUUGGAAGCUGGUAGUUUGAUUGGGCAGCUACCAACUUUUUGUUAUCCACAGAUUUACUGCUACGUGCCCCAUGAAAACCCACAUUUCGUAUUUCUCUAAACUGAACUGUCAGUGUCCUUGGGGUGAUGCCUAAUGCUCCUGCAGACCAGUGGAGUAGAAACAGAGAGGUUAGCUGUCGGGAGCGGUACCACGAGGCACACCUUCAGAGAACACGCAGUAUCUAGUCUCUCUUCCCCUUCUCCACCCUUUACGAAAGAAGAUGUCCUCUUGUUUCUAGUUUAGGGGUCAAAGAUCCAGCUCCAAAUAGACAGGUAUGCUUUUUAUACUUUCUGUUCUGGCCUGACCAAAAAGGAAGGUGCCUUUUUUAUGUGUACAACUUGAAAUGUACUUUUCUCUGUUCCCCGCCCCCCUUUUUUACAAAUACAGGGAGUGCCGUAGCAGGUCGUGCCAGUGCUCCCUCUGGCCCUGUACUCUUAGGCAAAGGUGCUGCGCACGGCGAGCGUGCAAGCCUACCCGGUUCUGUGAUCCUCUGUGUUUUCAACAGCUCGUUAUGUAAACUAUCAGUAUGUACUUCAGUGCUACUAGGUGGAAAAAAGCUUGUUCACACUAUGUUUAUAUGCAGAUACCUCAAUUUAUUUUUAAUUUUGCUUCUCUAAUGACCGCAUUUUUAAUUUUUCAAUUUCAUGCUAUUUUUAAGAAUGUGCUGUGCGUUGUAUCAAUGUAAUUUGACUGCAAACAUAAUGCAUCUUUUUCUCUUGCA